UGAGACCAAACUAGUCUGAUCUGAAGGACCACAGGUCCCCCAACUGCCCCAACUGCUUGACUCUCCCAGGAGUCCAGGGGGCAGAGCUUCCUCCUUUCUCAGAGACCCAGGAAUCUGGAUCACCAGGCUUUUCAUCACCCAGGACCCAGAAACCCAGCCUUCGCCCCCAUGGAGCCCUGCUGGUCCCUGGCCCUGCUCACUAGCUCCCUGGGCCUGUUGUCUCUCUUGGUGGCUCUGAGCACGAAUUUCUGGUUUGUGGCCGAGGGGCCCAUCUCCUUGUCUCACUCGGGCCUCUGGCCAAGGGGAGAUGAGGGCUCAGUAGAAGGCUAUAUCCACGUGACACAGAGCUUCUGCAUUCUGGCUGUCCUGUGGGGCCUGAUCUCUGUGAGCUUUCUGGUCAUGUCCUGCAUCCCUUCACUGUCUGCCCCUGGACGCGGCCCCAUUGUCUCGACCUUCAUAGCCUUUGCCGCAGCCCUCUCCCUGCUAGUGGCCAUGGUGGUCUACACUAUCGAGCGGUGGAAGCAGCCUGGACACCCCCAGAUCCACUCCUUCUUCUCCUGGUCCUUCUACCUGGGCUGGGUUUCAACUGUCCUCUUUCUCUGUGCAGGUGGCCUGAGUCUGGGAGCUCAAUACAGGGCCCACCGGCCUGGCUAUGAGGCCAUGUGAACCACAGGAUGGCUUUGGCACUCCAUUCUCUGAAGGUGUCAUCAGGAACCAUGAAAACAGCUGGCU